AUGCAACCGGUAAAAAAAACAGUCAUAUCCAAAAACAUAAAGAUUGUGAAAAAGCCUGAUGAUAUAGGCGCAUCUCCUGUAAAAAGCGACUAUGGAAGUUCGCAUAAAGACGGAGGACAAGCGGGUGCAAACAGCGCAGACAAGUCUAAAUCUGGAGCAACUGAUAAUAAAUCGAAAGGCGGUGCGGACAGCAAUGCACAAAAAAAUGCGAAUGCCAGUAAAAAUGCCGCCGGAAGCAGUGGAGGAAAUGCGCAAGUGGGGUUAUUCUCCUGGCUGUGGAGAUACUUUCCUAAAAACAAGGCCUAA